UAUUCAUAAGCUGCGUGAGAGAGUGUCGUCUGAACACAGUGAGCUGAAGCAGAAGGAGCUGGAGCACAUGCCCAAAGCGUCUCACGGUUAUGGAGGGAAGUUUGGACUGCAGCAGGACCGCAUGGAUAAGUCUGCCGUGGGACACGAGUAUCAGAGCAAGCUGUCCAAACACUGCUCCCAGACGGACACCUCCAAGGGUUUCGGAGGUAAAUUCGGCGUGGAAGCUGACCGUGUUGACCAGUCUGCCGUGGGCUUCGAGUAUGCCGGGAAAACCGAAAAACACGCCUCGCAGAAAGACUACACCACGGGCUUCGGGGGCCGCUACGGCGUGCAGAAGGAUCGCGUGGACCAGAGCGCUGUCGGCUUUGAUUAUCAGGGGAAAACAGAAAAGCACGAGUCACAGAAAGAUUACGCCAAAGGCUUUGGUGGCAGAUUUGGAGUGGAGACGGAUAAAGUGGACAAGAGCGCCGUGGGCUUCGAGUACCAGGGAAAGACUGAGAAACACGAGUCUCAGAAAGACUAUGUAAGGGGCUUCGGAGGGAAGUUUGGCGUUCAGACGGACCGUCAGGAUAAGUCUGCGGUGGGAUGGGAUCAUCAGGAGAAACUGCAGCUGCACGAGUCACAGAAAGAUUAUGCCAAAGGAUUCGGAGGGAAGUAUGGUGUGCAGAAAGACCGAAUGGACAAGAGCGCCGGCAGGUUUGAGGAGGUGGAGAAGCCGAGCGCGGCGUAUCAGAAGACCCGUCCUGUGGAAGCAGCUGGCAGUGGAGCUGGAAGUAUUAAAGCUCGCUUUGAGAACAUUGCGAAGCAGAAGGAGGAGGAGGACCGGAGGAGAGCCGAAGAGGAGCGCGCUAGACGACAGGCCAAGGAGAAGCAGGAGCAGGAGGAGGCGCGCAGAAAACAAGAUCUGCUCGUGGAGCCCGUCACUGAGGCGGUGGAGAACGGUGCAAACCUCUACGAGGUGGAGCCGGUCUCAGAAGAACCCACAUAUGAAGAACCGGUCCAGGAAGAGCUGUACCAGAACCCUGAGCCGGACGAGCAGAACCAGACCUCAGGUGCUCAGUCGUACGAGUUUGGGGAGGAUCUUGGCGUGACUGCCGUGGCUCUGUACGACUAUCAGGCUGCGGGAGACGACGAGAUCUCCUUCGAUCCGGAUGACGUCAUCACCAACAUCGAGAUGAUCGACGAGGGCUGGUGGAGGGGCGUGUGUCGGGGCACAUACGGACUCUUCCCAGCCAACUACGUUGAAGUCCGACAGUAGACUCGCUCCAUGCGCUCUUUACACGGCGGACGUCGCUGAAGGAGAGCCAUGCUUCCAGUCCAUUAUCAGCCCUGCUUUCUCUUCUUUCACUGUAGCAUGUCGAGCGUUCGCCGGUCAUUCUGCUUCCUUCAGCUCAACUCUCACUUCCUGUUUCACGUCAGCAGGUGUGUGCGCUUUACUGGAUCCAAGAGAUUUUAUGACACAUCUGAGAGUUUAUUCACUCACACACACACACACAUAUAUACAUCAGUAUGUGAAAUAAGAGAUCGUAGACCAGAGAUCUGAGAUCUUCUGGCAUGUUUUAGAGAAAUAAUGUCACACAGACGGCUUCUUUGACUCCUAAAGCUGCGUCCGUACGAACACUUUUAGCUCAUUUCCGUGUCUUUUUGCAGUGUUGGAAUAGGGAUUAACUGC